CCAUCAUGCCAUUGUUUUCCAAAAAGAUAGUCCCUACUGACAUUACUGCCAGUAUUGAAAAGGCCACCUAUGGCAACGAGCUUGACUGGGCUCUUGUUUUUCAAAUCUGCGAUUCCGUCAAUUCCACUGAUUUGGGUGCGAAAGAAGCACGUAAGCUAUUACAAAAGAAAAUGAUGUCGAACGAUCCCAACACACAAGUCUUGGCUCUUGAGAUUUUAAACUCGUUAGCAGAAAACUGUACUGCAAAGUUUCAAACACAAUUAGCCGCCAAGUCGUUUGGUGAAGACCUUUACCACUUGGCUUCGUCCAAGACGAUGGAUGAUAGAGUGCAUGGUAAAUUAGCACAGUGCUUGGAGACAUGGUAUGGACAGUUUGGAAAUGACGUUAAUUUCGGAGCUAUUCGAAGAGCUCAUGAUAUUAUGCUAAAUCAUGUUACACCUAAACAAGGGCGACAACCCUCCCUGCCAAGACAACCUGUGGAUGUAAAGGGGGAUAUUGAGCUUGCAAAGAACAGUGCGCAAUUAUUCUCUCAGACGCUUUCUUUCACCGACCCAACAGUGGAAGAUAUCUCCAAGAAUGAGCUUAUUCAGGAGUUUUAUGGAAAAUGCAAGCAGGCACAGCAAUUGUUGGCCUCUCAUUUAGAAACCUGUGAAGAUUCCGACGUCAUAUCUGGAUUGAUUAAUGCUAAUAAUGAACUUUUGAGUUGCUUUAAAUCUUAUGAUGAGAUGCUUGAACAGCAUGCUGUCAAUGAAGCUACUGUCAAUUCGCAAACACUUUAUCAACAUACGCGUGGUCAGGAUCAAAUCGUUCCUUGUCCAACCGCUACUGUCCUUGUGGAUGAUAAACAAAUGAAGCCUCAACCAGAUCAAUUAGCUCUUCAAGAAUGGUUUGCAAAGAAGGACGAUUUCAGUCACUCCAACAAGGAUAGAGUCGUCAUCGAUUGGAUGAACGAUGUCGAACGAUCUUCCAAAAAUAUCUUCAACAAGAUUCAAUUCAAAUCAGACGCUGGAAAACGUUGGGCUAACUCCAUCACAUCAAAUACAUCACUUCUUCCACCCGAUGAUACCUGUCGUAAGCAUUAUGUGCCCAGAAGAUUAUUACUCUCUCGAUCUCCCAUUUUAGGCGACUAUCAGACCACCAAUCGACCUUCCGCGGCCAUGGUAGAGAACCAAAUUGCCAUGACGGCGAUGGCUACAUCGGGUCAGCGUACACCUAUUCUGGGUUUAGCACAACUGAUUGGAAUGAUCAUGACUUCGAACAAACAACUAGAGCAACGAUUAGUCGACCGUGCAGAAGAGUUGGAAUCUGUACUUCACCAAGAGAUAAAGAAACGUCAGUUAGUGGAAGAUACAAUGCAUAAGUUGGAAUCCGUCUAUAAAGAGCAGUUACAACAACAAUCAUUGCAAAUGGAUCAAAAGGAAGAAACGAAUCAAACUUUAUUAGCCCAAUUGGAACAAGCCAUGAAACGCGAUCCAUUGUUUACGUCUACUAAUCUGUCCUCAACUCCUUCUAAUAAUAAUAAUCGGAAACGACCUUCUGUGCUCAUCAGUAGUAAACGACCUCCUCCUCCCUCCUCCGCCACCAAAACCAAAAGACCUUCUACCUCUGUAAAACCAUCAACACCAACCGCUGUAAGUACGAGAAAGCCUUCCUCUCUGCUUUCUAAAACCCAACCGAUGACAGCUCAAAAACCCGUGUCAGGAAGAGCCUCUGUUGUACCUUCUUCUAAAACCGCCCUCUUGUCAAGACCUUCUGUUGUUCCUGUGACAAGACCUUCCCCUAAUCCUGUGACAAGACCUUCCCUCAAUCCUGUGACAAGACCUACUCCAACCUCCCGAAGACCUACUGUUGUGCCUUCUGCUACACUUGCCUCCAAAAAGCAAACCAUUCUAAACUCUACACGAGCCUUGGGGAGACCUUCAUUAGCUGUACCGAAAAAGACAACACGUCUCUUGUAAAAUGUAUAUGUUUAUUCCAUUUCUCUCUCUCUCUCUCUUAACUCUUUUUUUUUUUUCUCGUUGUUUUAUUUUCUAUAUAUAUAUCACCCAUUUUUCUUAUAUCAUAACACAUAUAUCCCACACACACCCAUCUAGCUAUAGUUCUUAUACAUUUUUUUUUUUUUUUACCAAGAAACUUAUCUCUUUACCUUGUAUAUAUUAUAUAAAAAAAACCUUGUUCUCUCUCUCUCUCUUUUUGUUUCCUAUUAGAAUUUAAACAUGUGCAAAGAAAGUUUUCGUAUCACACUGAUAAAUGUUUGGAGCUUUUUUCGGGGUUGUAAAGACGCGCCCAGCCAAAAAAAAAAAGUUUUUUUUAUAAUUGGGAGUGGUACUACAUUUAUAAAAAGUCUAUUUGACACCACAUGCAUUAAAAACUCUUGGACCACACCAUUUCUCGAUAAAAAGCACCUGCAUAAUAUAAUUUUGUAAGCUAUUAAAUUAAAAUG